AGUCGGAGCUCAACACCUUGAUAGACAGUGGUGAAAACCUCUUCAUCACUCUGAGCGCUCAUUCAUCUGUUUUCUUUUCACUCUUCAGAUCACAGCUGUCUGUGGAACCACAAGUCAGAGAGCUACAAGAACCGGCAGCUGCGAUGGAAAACUCUGGAACACCUGAGGAUCCUUCUGUCCGCUCAGCCUCCGCCUGUUCCCUUCACAGUGGAAGACAUUAAGAAUAAGUUCAAGAACCUUCGUACCACCUUUCAGCGUCAGUACAAAAUGGUGAAGGCGAGCAAGGUGUGUGGGGCGGACGACGUGUUCGUGCCGCAGUGGAAGCACUACCAGCAGCUGAUGUUCCUGCAGGGCUGCUGGGACCAGGACGACGGCGUCGACGACCAGCCGCCGUCGCCGCUGAUUCUCCCACAGGAAGCGACCCAGACGGUCGAUUCAUCCCCGGGAUUAAUCAUCUCCUUCCUCCCCAACCUGCCCACCUUCCCCUCCACCUCGUCCUCCUGCGUCCCCUCCAAAAUGAUGGUUAAAUGUUUCUGGACCGAAGAGCGGGAGCGAGCAUUGAUCAUCUUCUACUCCGAACACAGCUGUCUGUGGAACAAGAAAUCCGAAAACCACAACAACCGUCAGCUCAGGCUGAGGCUGCUGGAGGUUCUGAGAGCUCAGCUGUCCGACCAGUCAGUGUCUUUCUCAGUUGAAGACAUAAAGUGCAAGUUCAAGAACCUUCGGACGGUUUUUAACCGUGAAUUCAAGGCGGUCCUCUCCAGCCAGGCGUCCGACAAACUCUAUGUGUCCAAGUGGAAGCACUACCAGCAGCUGCUCUUCCUCUGCCAGUCCUGGGACGAUGACGACGGCACGGACGACCUGCAGGCUCCGAUGCCGCGGGACGACAAGGACGUGGAGCAGGGGAACCAAACACCCUCCUCCACGCUGAGCAGCUUCUCCUCCAGCUCCACCAACAGCAUCAAGGUCAAUAACGCCUCUGUCCAGAGCAGCGCCAGGACCGGCGCCGGAUACCAAACCCUCCUCUCUGCGUCUCCAGACAAUCUCAAACUAUCAAACCAAACGGCCGCACUCCCGACCUCCCGAUCUUCAUCACCAACUGACACGAAACCCUGCGCAAGCUCCUCCCCUCUGAGUUUCUGUGUGUCCGUGCCUUUCGAGACGGACGGCAGAGCGAGCGCAGAGUCCCGCUGCCACUGGAGCGAGGCCAAAGUUCAGCAGCUCAUUUCAUUUUACUCCGAGCGCAGUUGUCUGUGGAACCACAAGUCCGAGAGUUACAGGAACCGUCUGCUGAGGCAGAGCCUGUUGGAGACGCUGAGCGGCCUCCUGUCGGACAACGAGUCCGUCCCCUUCACAGUGGACGACAUAAAGACAAAGUUCAGGAACCUGCGAACCAUCUUCCAGCGGGAACACAAAGCGGUGAGUUCCAACAAGACGUGUGGUUCUGAGGACUUUUACCUUCCCAAGUGGAAACAUUACCGGGAUCUGAUGUUCCUCUGUGACUCCUGCGACGAGGACGAGCGACCCGAAGACCUCCACUUCCACCAACCGCAGGAGUCCAUCCCCCUCCACCUGGACAGCAAGGCCACGCCCCCCACCCUACACUACCACACUGACAGUCAAACCGAUGUCAAGCUGAACGUCACGCCGCGAGGCUUCGAAGCCCCGCCCUCACCGACUCCCCCAGACUCCCGGCUAUCCUCUCCCUCUUCCUCCCCGCCCCCCUCGACAUCCUCCUCUCACACCGGCAGCCGAGUGUCGGGGCGCAAACGAGCGCCGCCCUCCACCGGAGACAUGCUGGAUUUCAUGAGGACGUUCUGUCACAGUCAAACGGUGUCGCCGCACGCCGGCUUCCUGAAGUACGUGGAGGAGUGUCUGAACGAGACGCCGCCGGACAAAGUGAAGAAACUGAAGAAGAAGAUAAUCGAGACGAUCCACAGCGCGUCAGAGGAAGUUUAGGUUGUUUGUUUCUGAGUCUUAUUCUCGUAGCUUUACCCAUAAUUCCUAGCAGCUGAGUGUCAACAGUGCAGCUGAUCUCACCUCAUUCAAACACCAGCAUGAGCUCAGAGGGACAGAAGUGCAGCUUUAUUUAAACCAGGUGGACGUGUCUGUCUUAAAGCAGCAAAGACACGUGGGAGACAAAAUCCUACAACUUGAAGAAUUGCUGAAAUUCAGAACGAGUCUGAUAAAGAUUUCGGACACUGGGGAGGAAAGAAUCAGAUACUGAAAGAAAUAAAGAUAAAGAUAUAAAUCACAGAGAAUCUGUGAUCAAACCCUUCUGACAAAGAAACGUACCUGAGGAUCGACGUGUUACAGUUUUACCACAAUGGUUAUUUUAAACAACUACAAAACGAAAACACAAAUACAACCAAAUAUACAGAACGAGCCGACUGAUAUAUAGGUUGGCCUCUAUAGAUUAUAUUUGUACAAAGUAUUUGAUGUUUAACGUACAUCUGUAUAUUUAUAUGGAAAAAAUCUACGAUGUUACCGAAAUAGAUUUUUUGAAAUGUUGAGUUUGAAGCAAGAUCGUGUAGAAAUAUAUUCAGACUUAAUGUAUAUUAUGAUAUUAACGAGAAAGUCUACGAUAAAGUACUGUAACUUAAGAUAUUGUAUUAUCAGUCAGAAGAUGUUACAUUAAUGUUUUCUUUACAAUUAAGUUGUUGAGUUUUCAUUCUGGAGUCGAUCUUAUCAGC